AUGUUUGCCAAACUGAAGAGCCACAGCGCACUUUAGAAAAAUACCACUAAAAUAUUCCUCUCUCCUCUCUCUCCCUAGAAACAAUACCUUUCUUCGAGAGGAAACAAGGGAAAAGGAAAAACCAAUGGCUACGUCUUCUAGAAGGUCGAGCGCCCCGGUUAUGGCGGGGCACCGCGCCGCCGCUGCCCACCGGAAUUCCUCGUUCAUGACGUCGGAUUCGUCACCGUUCGCCUCGUCCAGCUACUAUUCGUCGUCUCCUUCAGCUGGUUUCUUCAACCAGCGCCGUGCGGCGUCUCCGACGCGCGUCAACCUCCACGGCUUGUCCCCGCCGCCUCCAUCGCGGUCCGUUCGCUUCUCGAUCGACGGAUCUAUAUCGCCGAGGCGAUCGAUCCAGGCGCCGCCGCAGCGGAACCAGGUCGUGCAGAGGAGCGGUGGGAAUAUUCAGAAGAGGACGUGCCUGUGCUCGCCGACGAAUCAUCCAGGUUCGUUUCGAUGCGCUUUGCACAAAAACAGCGGUGGUGGUAAUCAAUCGAUUUCCUACUCUCCGAAUCGGUUGAACAUGAGGCGAUCCGCGAUGACGAAUUCUCUGGUGCGGAUCGGCACCGUGGAGGGAGAUCUGAUGAAGCGAACCCUCGCGGCUUUGAUUCGCCCGUCCUCGCACCAGCAGCGUCGCCGAGCUGAUUUCCGGCCGCGGCAGAGCCGUCUCUCGGCCAUGUCCAGCGCCAACGACAUCUGACGGAGCAAGCCGAAUAUGCAGGCAGGUUGGUUAUACUCGGAAAUCACCAGUCGCUUACGAUCCGCGGCCGCGACACCUGAGCAAUUUUUGGAACAGGGAAGCUGAUGUUUGUGUUGGUUGUACAUAUGAUUUCCAAAUGAAGAACGUAUUGGAUUUGAAACUAGAGCACUCUCGAUCUAACUAAAAAUGAAUCCAAUCGAAUUUCGCAUAGCAAUGAGGAUGAAACUAUAAUUUGAAUCUAAA